AUACAUUUCGAAUAGUUAUUCAUCUGUUGUUCAAUAUUACCAGGUUUUUAUUGAUAAUCUAACAUUGAUUGAUUCAUUUAUGAUCUCAAUCAAGAGAACAACAACAACAAAAUAGUAAUAAUAAUCUCGAUAAUGAACAUUCCCAUUUUGAUAUUUGGUAAAUGAUGAAGGAAUGAAUCGAAAGAAGAGAUUUAUUUUCAAUUAGUCUUUUUCUCUUUCAUCACUGCUCUAUAUCUGAUUUACAAUAAUGAAAUAAUACUCAUCCAGUAGACACAUUACAUAAUAAUGAAGUAUCGAUUGGAAAUUAAUAUUGAGUAGUUGGAAGAAAGAGGAAUAAUAAUAAUCAAAGUAAUGAUUCGAAUGUCAAGUAGUUGCUGUGUUGCAUCAGUCUAUAGUCCUUUCACUGAUAGUUAUUAUUCACUUGGAAAUAAACUAUCUACACGUAACAUCUAAUGUCCUAUGGUCAUAUGUAGUAGUACACAGUAGAACAAUUGCAAACGAUAGCUUAAAUGACUUCACUGAAUAGUGUUCCAUUAAUUGACAGAAUAAACUCUAUCUAUGCUUAAUGAUACAAAAUAGACAAGUAAUGAAUAAUGAAUGAAAGUCAUGAAUUAGCUCGUAUGAUUCGUACAACUAUUGAUUCUAAUCAUUAUCAAUUACAAUCAAGUAAUUUAACUGUAUUAUGUUUAUGUAUUGCAUUAAUUAUAUUAACAUGGUUAACUAAUUGUAUUCUACUUGGUGGGAUAUUACAAACAAAAGGAAAUGGUAAACAUGUAUCUAUGGUUUAUUAUUUUAUUGGAUCACAAGCAAUAGCUUCUUUAUUACAUGUAACAUUAAAUUUGCCACCAGCGAUUGUGAAUAUGCUAUUUGUUUGUACCACAGAUUGACUUGGAUGAAAUAAACAUUGAAUACAUUGUCCUAAUAUCCAGCUCAUCGGUUAUGAACAUACACGACCCCAUUUCAUCAGAAGUUAAACCCAAGAUGUUUAAACCAUUCAGUGAUCAAUUAUUGCUCCGAGCACGUAUUUGGUUCAGGUUUUCAGAUUCGGUUUAUAUACAGUAUUGAACGGCUGAUAUCGAAUGACACAUACAACAAGGUUUCUCAUUUGAAAUGGUUAAGCUCUAUUGAUCAUGUCGUUUCAUUAGAUUUUCGGGAAUCACCUCAUGAAGAUGGUCACUGAUGAGCACAUGAUUAUGACUAACAUUUGAAGUUUGUGAACGCAAACAUAUAACAACUCUCCUACAAUCAAUUUUGAUUAUGAUUAAAUUUGGUUAAGCCCUUAUAUUAAAUUACUUAACACAUAGCGUUAUUUAAGCAAUAACAACACAUCUACUUGGUUGUACUAUUAUGAUCACUAUCUUGUCUGUAUAAACGUGUACAUUUGACCACAUGACAGCCUACCCACAUAGCUUUCUGUAGCUUAAAUAUUGAUAGUUUAAAUAUCGCUCGCCAAGACCUCUCUGUCUCAAAUUCACUGGUUGAGCUUGUACCUUUGUCAUUAUUAUUUUUUUAUUAUUAUUAUAAGCUUUAUUGAUCAUUAUAUUUUUGGUGCAAUAUAGAAUUCUCAGCAUAAAGUAUUUUAACAAGUUUCCUUUUCUUAUAUCUUGAUCGAUCCUGACGAUACAUGUUGUGUGGUGGCUAGUUAGAUGUUAGGAGUUCGGUAAUCGACAUCUGAAUAAUGUUCAUACGUUUCAAUGCAAAUUGCAAGCCACCAUGAUGUCGCUGGUUGUACCUUUUUGUAAUCCGUACAGCGAAAUAUUGUAAACUUUUCAUAAACACGCUUGAAUAGUUUGUGAGCUCACUAGACAUAAUAAUGUGUUAAAACAAACAUGAAAAAAGAUAACUUGACGAAAUAUCUAGAUGGGAGGAAACAAGUAGCCCAGAUAUUCAAGCAGGCCGCCGGUAUCGUUCCUUUGUGCUAUCCGUUAGUAAAUGGAAUUUGACGCUUCUGAUUGACUUCCAAUUUCAAUCACUGUUGAGAAUAAGGUUAUAAAGAUUACCAAGUGGAUUGUUUUACAAAGUUAAAACACUACUCUGAUAUUCAUGUACGCCUGUGCUAUCAUAAUGCUACAUAACAACAUCGCAACAUCAGUAGUUUUAUCGACACAUGUUAACAAAUUCAUGUGAAAAGAGACAAUUGAUCUUUCACAAAUGAUUUUCAACUGUUCCCUAAGUAAGCAUAUAUAAGUGAUGCAACCAAUCUGUGUGAACAGUUGACGCAUGACCUUGCAAAUGAACAUGUUAAAAUAUCAACCAACCAAUAAGUGAAUAGCUUAAGUUGACACUGAACUUCUUGCUUGUGGCUGACCUUUGAUGUAUAAACUUUAAAAUUUAACCAUGAAACAAGCAAACAAUCAUUUAAUGGCUCUUAUGGUCAUUUAAUCAAUUUGAUAUAAACGUAAUUUUUGUGUUGGCAAUCUCAAUAGAGAAUUCCUGCAUAAAAUACUUUAUUAUAUUUCAUCCUACGACUAGUAGCAAAAUUUUUGAAGGAUUUUACAAAACAAAACAGUUGUGAUGUUAAAUAUUGACAAAUACUAAUAAAUUUACCUGGUUUUCGAUUAUGUUAUUCUAUACGAUGAUACACAAACACCUUAGUACUUUUGUUAACAGGCAGUGGUACAUGUUUGGCAUGUCAAAAACAGACAAAG